AUGCCGAUAAAUUUUGGACAAAUUGAUAAAUAUUUGUUUAAUGCAUUACAACCAUCAAUUGAUGGUCUUUUAAAAAAUGAUUUAACUAAACAAGAACCAACAUUUGUUGCUGAUGCAAUUAAACUUUUUCUUGAAUUACAUCAAAUACGUGAACGUGCAGUUCUUAAUCAUCUUAUGCAAAAUGCUCCAUCAUCAUCGGAUAAUGAUGGAAUUCAUGUUGAUUUAAAUGAUCCAAAUACAACAAAUCUUGAUUUAACAAUUCAUGCUCAUUUAAAUUACUCAGCGGUAUCAACAAAUAAACAAACAUUAGAUAAAGAAAUUGUUGAAAAACAACAACAUGAAGCUCAAUUAAAAUAUCAUUUUUAUAUUAUACGUACAAUACUUACUCAAUUAAAAUCAUCAAUAAAUGAUGAUCUUAUACAUUCAUUAGUCACAACAUUAAAUUUAAUUGAUAUAAUAACAGAUGAUUGGACAAUUCGUAAAAAUUUAAGAAUAUUUAACAGUCAUCGUAUUGAAUUAUUACGUGGAUUUGAUGAUAAUAGUGAUACAACACUUAAUGAAUCGACACUUACUGGUUCAUCUCAAUUAAAUGCAACAGUUAUUAGUUCAGUUCCAGCACAUGUUUCUAAUGCAAAUUCAACAACACCUGGUUCACCACUUAUGAAUACAGCUUUUCGUGGCCUUGGAAAAAAGAAACGUAUACUGAAAGAUUCACUUCUUUCACAAAAUUCUACGAAUUCAAUAGUUGCACCACCAGUUGUACCUAUUCGUAAUGAAAAAAAUCAAACGAAACUUUGUAUUACUCCUACUAAAAAAAUAAAUGGUGAAAAUGAUUCAUCAUCAUGUUCGUCACCCUCAUCGGAAUCAAAAAAUGAAGAAGUAACAUUAGAUAUAGAAAAUGAAAAUCCUCAACCUCAAUCUAUUUCAUCAAUUGAUAAACGAGCACGUGCAGAUGCAAGAUCAACUGAAUCACUUAGUCCACCACAUAGUAGUAUUACAAGUACAUCACGUAUAAUAAUUCGAUCAAGUGCACGUAAAAAACAAGAAUCAUCACAACUAAUUCCAUUAUCAACACCUUCAUUACGUCAACAACGUAAACAUCGUCGCAUUAAUCUUGAUAUUAAUCUUUUAAAUAGCAAUAAUAAUAAGAAAAAACUAUCACCUACUCAAUCAUCAACAUCUCAAAUAAAUAAAUAA